GACCUAGAAGCGGGCGCGAAGAAAUCAGUUGUUUCUUACGGACUCGCGUCUUUGGGACUUGGCGGAACAGCAGAGGAGCGAUGGUUUCCAACGAAGAAGUUCUCAAUGCAUUGAAAAUCCUUCAAAAAUAUAACUUCAAGGAGGCGGAAUUAGCAUUGAAACAGGAGGCAGGUUUUGCAGACGAAAAGGUUGCAGAAGAAUUUCUGAAUUUCAAGGCGGAAAUAAAGGAUGAACCAGAGAAUUUUUGUUCCAAUUAUCAGUCUGUCCUGUCGUUCGUGGACUCAGUACCCGAUGAACACAAAGUAACUUAGCUAGUGAAUAUCAAACAAUCAUAUGCUUUUAGGUAGAAUUAUCUACACUACUUUUCCCUAUUUUUGUUCAUAUGUACCUCCGUCUAGUCAGUGCAAACAUUUCUGGAGAAGGUAACUUGGAUUUUGCCCUGUGAAAAUUAACAUGACACCAGCCAAAAAGUUUCUGACAAUGUUCAGAAAGUAUCAAGAGAACUUCUACCAGUCUGACAUCAAUAUGUUGUCUAACAUCACAAGUUCAGAUCACUUAUUUAUGAACCCACUUGUUGAGUCAUUUCGGUCGUCAGAGUUCGUCGUCAGCGUUUCUGCUGAAUCUUAUUCUCUGCUGCGCCAUUUUCUUCAGGAGAAGGACAUGAGCGUUGUUCAAAGCAUUUUAAAGGAGCAGUUGUCACUUGAAAGUAAAUUUAUAUUUUCGUCCGAACCUUAGUUGUCAAUGGUCCUCCUAGGUCGAAGUUACAAAUUGAUUGCCGUCGUGGUGCUGUGUUUGGGGAGGCUCGUUGUGAUGCCAACAAAGAGCCUGUUUUGUAUGGACUAUUACGGGACCCUGCGCUCGACAUGCCAGUAGAAAUCGACACUGGACCUGACCAAAAUGAUGCUGAAGGUGGUAUUGCAGAUAAUGAAGAAAAUGAAGACCAGAAUGUCAAAAAGAAGAAGAGACGUGAUGGUAUAAUUUCUGGUACUGGACAUCUGGGGAGACCCUCUUUGUCUAAGGAUGGAAGCAAGUCUGAUUCCAACUCCCCAGCUUUGGAUCGUAUCCCACUACCUAAGCUUCGCGAGUCAUACAUCGAAAGUAAACAAGCUCUUUCUCGAGAGAUAUCUACUCUCUUACGCAGUUAUCAACAAAAAAAUCCACAAAAGUCAGCGAUUGGUACAAGUACAGUCCUUUAUACAAUAUGUAAUGCACAAGCUGGUGAAUCAACGUUAGCUAUUCGACGAGGUGGUGUAACAUGUUGUACUUUUAGUGAAGAUUCAUCACAACUAGCAGCUGGCUUUGGAUCUGGUCGUAUUCGUGUAUGGUCUUUAGGUCCUGAGUCAUUGAGGCGUAUGCUUCCAGCUACAGAGUUAAGUUUGUUGGACAAAGAUGAUUCGAGAGUCAAGACUAAUAUGUUGUAUGAUGAAAACAAUGAGACCCAUUUCACUCGGGAUUUACUAGGUCAUCUUGGCAGUGUUUUUGGAGUUGCAUUCAGUCCCGAUCGCCAGCUGCUUGCUUCUGUGAGCGCAGAUGGUACUGUGCGGUUAUGGUCAACUUUGAUAUGGGGCGGAGCUCUUACAGCUUGGCGUGAUCAUUUACUACCUGUUUGGUGUGUUACCUGGGCUCCUACCUAUGGUCAUUAUAUAGCAACAGGAGGUGCUGACCGUAGUGCACAUUUAUAUGCUACUGAUCAUGCACCAGACGCUCUACGUGUUUUCGUUGGACACAAAGGUGAUGUAACAUCCGUAUGUUUGCAUCCAAAUGUUAAUUAUCUUGCAACUGGCAGUGCUGAUCGAACUGUACGACUGUUUGAUGUUCGUUCUGGAAGGCUAACAAGAGUAUACACGGGUCAUAAGGGUUCUGUGCAAAGUCUAGCUUUUUCACCCUGUGGUCGUUAUUUAGCUAGUGGAGGUUGGUGUGGGACUACAUGUCUUUGGGACUUGGGAUCUGGACAUCAAGUUGGUCAAUUGGGAGGUUAUUCAGCAUCUCGAACCUCCGUUAACCUGCCACAAAGUGAUUCUGAAUCUCAAGAAUCUAAUGUAGAAUCAAGUCAAUGGUUAACUGGUCCAGUUGUAUCGCUUGCAUUUUGUCCUGGUAAUUCAGGACGUUUAGCUGCAGGUGGUUUGGAGGGUGCAUUACGAAUAUGGAAUACAGUUAAUGGUUGGUCAACUGCUGUUGCCACUUCAACUACAGGCAACACUGAAGAUAAAGGUUCAAAAACUAAUCUUUUGACUUUGCAUCGAUUUACCAAACAACAGUUAGUACGUCAAACAGGUAAAAGUGGUAAAGGAGGUGGACUUGGAAGUCAUAAUUUAUUAGGUUACUAUUCUCCUGCAACUGGUCCUUAUGUUUCGGAUGCCUGUGCUAAUGAGGUGUUUUACACUAGGCGUACUUCAAUCCUUGGACUACAGUAUGUUCAUCCUUAUUUGCUUUUAGCAGCUGGACCAUAUAAUCAAACUUGAUUUGUCAGUAAACAUCUUUUUCUGUACAGUUGAUUUUCGUAUGGCAUUUUUUUUAUCAUAAAUAUUAUUUUGGUAUUGCUCUUUCAGUCACUUAGUUGUAUAGUUGUGGUUGAGUAUUGUACGGGCAAUAAAAUCUGUUGCAGACGCUAGUAUUAACAACUUCUGUCAUGUCGUGUCCAUGUAUUUGAUUUGAUUCUUUUGAGUUACACCAUUAUUUUAAUGUUUGUAUUUCCCAACAAAUAAAAAUGAAAGAUUGUUCCACUUUUUUUAUG